UGUGCAAAGCGGACCAGUAGACCAAUCCAACUUACGUCCCAGGCAGUUCACCGUCUAGUGCGAGGAAAAGCCUCCAUGGCAGCCCAGUACAACGUGGUGUUUAUGCUCGGCCCGCCCGGAGCCGGCAAAGGAACACAGAGCAACAUCAUCGCUCAGGUUGGUGACGCAAUGACCUUUGGAUACGACCACGUGUGCGUGGGCGACCUGCUGAAGGGCGAAGUCAAGCAGCCAGACAGCGCCAUCGGGAGGCUUAUCAAGGAGCAGAUACUGAGCAACACUAUAGUGUCUUGGACGGUCACGUGUCCUCUGCUCGAGCGCUACAUGAAGGAAUCACGUAACAAAAACUUCGUAAUAGACGGAUUCCCGCGAACGCAGGAUAAUUUCGACGGAUGGAAUUUAACACUGGGAAACAAGGUCAAUUUGCAGUGUGUGUUUUUUCUUUCCUGUCCUUUCGAACUGUGCACUGAGCGGUGUCUGGGCCGAGGAGCCGCCGGCUCGGGACGCCCGGACGACAACGAAGCGUCUCUCCAGAAGCGCUUCGACACCUUCUCGAAUGACACGGUUCACAUUCUGAACUGGUACGAGAAGCGGGGCCUCUUGCGGACCAUCGACGGCGCCAAGUCCAUCGAGGAAGUUGCGGCAGAUGUGAAAAGUCACUUCAUUAAGCUGUAGUUUUUAAAAAUUCUUCGCGGAAAUAUAUUGUGUGCUUUCA